CGCGGUGACGCACGCUUUGUUUACGCUGCGCUGAGGGAGCCACCCCCGGAGCCGAGCCUGGCGGACGGGUUGAUGUCGGUGCUCGGUGGACACGCCCCCCGGGGCCCUCCGCGCGGGAUCCACGGCUGAGACACGGCGAGGGGACCGGGAUGAAGACAUUGUUUGAAGAAAUCAAGGCUUCAAUUAAAAACAAUGCUGAUCAUGACCGCUCGUUUUGGAGACCUGUGCUGCCUUGGGGAGGGGUUUUCACUAUAAAAGCGGGGCGUAAAGCGGUCUCGUGCACACCUCUAUAUGUUGAGAUAAAGCUGAAAAACACCUGCACAAUAGAUGGAUUUCUGAUGCUGCUCUAUGUCAUUUUACGGGAAAAUGAGAACUUCCCCAGAGAACUGUCCCACUACCUUGGCCGUGAGUUUGUGGACUGUUUCCUUCAGUUGAUGGACUCCUACAAUUUUACAUCUGUCAAGCUGCUGUGGAUUUGGGACAAGAUGGAGAAACGCCAAUACAGAUCUGGAAUUCACAAAGCGUCCUUAGAAAUUGACUUGUUUGGGAACGAACACGAGAACUUUACUAGAAAUCUCGAGCAUCUGAUGGCCACAAUUCAAGAGAGCUACUGUUCAAACUCGCAAUGUCCCACUCGUUUUCAGGAGAAACACAUGCAGACAGUCCUUAUCAACCCUCCUCAUGAUAUACCCCACGGGGACCUGAUUCAGAUGGCAGUGGAUGAGCUCUUCUGCUCCAAGUUUGAACUGUGUGAAGAGGUCGGGUGUGGAUGCUUGAGGGAGUACUCAGCUCGAAUUUUCUGCCACGGGCCCCCUCCCUUUGUUAUAUUAAACAUGGAGCAGUGGAAGUCAGAAGAGUUGGCUUACGUACCCUAUUAUUUGGAUCUAUCAGAGCAGAAGUAUUUGUUGGAAGGUGCCACACUGUUCAAUAAAGACGAACACCAUUACUCCGCAGCCUUCCAGAUUGAUGGCUAUUGGAUGCAUUACGACGGCCUUAGGAACGUCAACUUAAUCUUAUUAAACAAACCUCCAGAGCUGCUUCUGCUUUCUUCUUUAGUCUAUGUGCGUGCUGCAGAGAAGGAGCAUUAGUAAAAAGAGGGGAAAUUGUUCUCGCCCAAGCAAUAUGAAGGGCUCCUCGUGUGUGUUGACUUGGCAUCCAAGGUGAUUUGAUUGAACUACAGUAGUUCUAUAACUGUCUGGAGGAAAUAAACCUUCCGGACAAAAAAAAAAAAAACCAGGAGGAAAGCUAUGCAAUACUUUAUAAUUCUUUGUACUGGUUAUAUUUUUAUACAC